AUGGAAGACGAUAUGAUCCUCUGCCCUCAAGAUUCCGAUCUUGAUCUCAGUUUCACAAGCUCCACCUCCAUUGCCACCACCAGUGCUCGCUCCAGUCUAGCUCGUUCUAGCUUGUGCCUUAGUUUCAAUGAUUCCAGUCGAAUCUCUUCCGCCGCAUCUUCCACCGCCGUCCCUAACCUCCACCCUCGCCCUCAUCGCAAAUCUGAUGCCAAUUGGUCUGCUAUACGAGCCGCUACUAACCUCUCCUCCGAUGGCACUCUCCAUCUCCGCCAUCUCAAGCUGGUUCGCCAUGUUGGAUCUGGAAAUCUCGGCCGAGUGUUCCUUUGCCGUCUCCGUGAUUACGAUCACGCGAGUUUUGCUCUGAAAGUUGUUGAUAACAACGCACUCACGUCGAAGAAGCUGUCACAUGUGCAAAUGGAGGCUCGGAUCCUGUCGUCGCUUGACCACCCGUUCCUUCCUACGCUCUACGCUCAUUUGGAAGUCUCUCAUUACACUUGCUUCCUGAUUGAUUUCUGUCCCAACGGAGAUCUGCAUUCCUUGCUCCGCAAGCAACCUAAUUACCGAUUACCGAUCGAUUCCGUUAGGUUCUUCGCUGCCGAGGUUUUGGUGGCUCUCGAAUAUCUCCACUCGUUAGGGAUCGUGUACCGUGAUUUGAAGCCGGAAAACAUUUUGAUCCGUGAAGACGGUCACAUUAUGUUGUCGGAUUUUGAUUUGUGUUUCAAUGCCGACGUUGUACCGAAACUGGAUAACAGAAUCCAAGGGACGACGUCGUCGUCAAGCGGGAAACACCGGAGUCGUUGCUACGGUGGGAACCGGCGCCGGAGACGUACGGAUGAAGAAAUUGUGACGGAGUUUGUAGCGGAGCCGACGACGGCCUACUCGAGAUCGUGCGUCGGAACUCACGAGUAUUUGGCUCCAGAGUUGAUAACCGGCAAUGGUCACGGCAGCGGUGUCGACUGGUGGGCGUUCGGAGUGUUGGUUUACGAAUUACUGUACGGAAGGACACCGUUUAAGGGAGGUUGUAAAGAGUCAACCCUGCGCAAUAUUGCAUCGAGCACUGAAGUAAGGUUUGAUGAAGAGAGCACAAGAGGUAUGGCGCAGGCUAAGGAUUUGAUAGAGAAGUUGCUGGUUAAAGAUACAAGGGAGCGGCUAGGAUGCGCCAGGGGUGCGACGGAUAUCAAACGGCACCCGUUCUUCGACGGCAUCAAGUGGCCGUUAAUCCGGAUGUACCGGCCGCCGGAGGUACGGGGGCUGGCGGUGAAGAAGAAUAGUAGGGCGCACGUUAGUCACGUGAGCGGGUGGUCAUCGUCCCACAAGAAAAGGCGUUGGUUAUGGAAGGGUCUUAGUUGUAUAUUUCUGAAAAAUAAGGGGUCUAAACGAAACUUAAAUUCCAACCACAAUUAUUACCAUUACAAAAAAUAGUUUCAAAAGUACGGUUAGGAAAUAGACUUAAGGUUUGUAAAGUUAGAGGGUGCAAAAUGGAAAUAUUAAUUUUGCUUCGGGGGUUAAGCUGUUCUUUUGUAAACAACAGGGGUUUUACUUGUAUUUUCUCAUAGAUUAUACACACAUGUAUUAGACUUAUAGCU